AUGGAAAGGACAAAGUUGACCUCCAUUGAGCUCCACCCCCGGGCACUGUCGCAGUCCGGGGAGGAAGAUGUGCCACUGCACGCAAGUCCGGACGGUAAUGGGAUAUCAUCUCGGCUGAAAUUCCGAUGUCUAGGGGCAAAAGGUACAGUUGAAAAGUGGAAGAAGACCCUCUAUAUGGGAUGUAUGGCGACUCUUGUUGUGCUGGGGUUUAAUCUAGGGUUUAUGCUGUGGGCGGUGACGCAUCUCGGGUUGGAAGGGGGACGAGGGGUCUUGUUUUCGGGAGCCUGCGACCAGACAAAGAAGAUUAGUACUGGAUUCCAUUUGCUGAUCAACCUUCUGGGGACGACCAUGUUGGCAGCAGCAAUGCCUCUGCGCCCCGACGAGGCGCGAUAUAGAUCUGGCCCAUUUGGAGGGACGGUGGCUGGAUGUCGGUGUACAGAGUAUGCGAAACCUCUGGCACAUUCCCCGGAAGAAGCUUGCUCUCUGGGUUUCUUUGGCACUUUCGUCGCUGCCGCUUCAUCUCGUGUAGGGUUCACGGCCACUAAUAGGAGGGACUGUAUCAACACAUAUGCAACAGACGUCCGGACCAGAUAUGGUAGCCUGCUUCUAGUCGCCGACGACUUUAACUCCACUUAUUACGACUUUGCUCUCAUAGGUCCUUGGAACGACGCUCACGAUCCGUAUAACUGGAUGUGCACCGCACUGGAGGCCUCCCCCUGCUCCAGGAUGAUUCACCAGGUCAAUCCAGAUAACUGGACGAUAACAGAGGAGAUUGUAGAAUGGGUCGGUGAAAGGAUUUUUGAUCCGACAACGCAGACGUACCCAGUGAUUGGCCCCAUGACGUUCAGAGUGCGGUAUUGCCUAGCCGAGACGGUACCAGAAAGGUGCACCGUUGAGUAUAGCUUGCCGUUGGUUAUCAUCGUCGUUCUAGUGAAUCUCAUCAAAGCUACCACCUCAUGGGCUACCACGGCGAGUAUAGCAGACUCGCCUAUCUUGACCAUGGGGGAUGCCAUCGCCACAUUUCUCAGGAGCCCAGAUGCCACUACACAUGGCGAAUCACUCCUUUCACGGGAUAACGUGCUAAAGCCCAGCAUCAAACCCCUAACAUAUUGCGCGACCCCUCGAAGAUGGGGCUCAUCUGUUUCAUUUCAACGUUGGAUCAGCUGCUUCUUACUGUACGGUGCCAAUCACCGACCCCCUCCUGCCUCCAGUGUUUCCUCCACUGACCCCUUCAGCUUCUUAAUGACAAUCAUUGUCUGCAUUAUCCUCCUUGCCUGCGGCAUCAGUACAAUCAAUAGUGGCCAAAAUCCCUGGGAAACUGGAUUUGGGCAACUGAGGUUGGUAACUCUUAUUGGUGGCGAUUCGCCAACCUCUCUCGUUUCAAACACUAUGAUUGCCAACACCCCGCAAGUCGUAUUCUGCGUGCUUUAUUUCUCCGCCAAUGGCAUCUACACCAUCAUGACACUCUCAAGUGAAUGGAGUGACUACGCCGUUGAACGCAAAGGUCUGCGGGUGUCGGUGGUGCCGUCCGGGUCCCAGCGUAGCACCUAUUUUCUUUCCCUGCCGUACCGGUACUCCCUCCCUUUAAUGAUGUGUUCAGGCAUGUUCCACUGGCUCAUCUCACAGAGCCUAUAUCCGGUUAGCAUCACAUUAUAUUCACCAGACCUUACCCGGAACCCCCUGUUGGACGUAACAAGAUUAGGGUGCUCACCGAUGGCAAUUGUGACGACAUUAUCGCUGGGGCUUGUAAUGCUGGCGUGUUUGGGGGGGCUAGCGUUUAAGAGAUUCAAGUUGGGCAUGCCAGUGGCUGGUAGUUGUAGUCUCGCAAUUGCUGCGGCGUGUCAUCCUGUUUUGGUUGGGGAGGGUGACGAGGUGUAUGGUGAUAUCACUGCCAUCAAUGAAACAGAACCUCUGAAGUGGGGAGUGGAAGAGUUCGAGGAUACCGAAGUGGGACAUUGUGCGUUUUCAAGCAAUGCAGUGCAGGAGGCGCAACAUGGAAUGGUGUAUGAAUAG